UCCAAUAUGGCUGUUCAAGUUGGAAAUUUCAAUUUAAAGGAUAACUAAAAGGUUCUGUAACUGGGUAAUAUCUAGUACAUUUCUUGACACAAUGCUACAAAACUGACAGUGGGUGGGGUUUUUUGUUGGGUUUUUUACAUAGAAAAUUAAACACAAUAAUACAUUUAGGAGUUUAUUGAUCAACUUUGUAAUCUGAUACUGGACGGUUCAAAAUGGGACAAGAAAGAUGGGUCUUGAAAAGUUGAUAAUACUGUACGACCACACAGUGGAGUUUGAUGCUGUCUGUGAACAAGAUGUAAUGGAUACAUUGUUGUGACCUGUGUAAACUGACAGUAACUGACAGACACAAGGAUGUAUGGAGUAUACCACGACAAUCCACUGGAGCUUAAAGAUCCCAGAGGAAGAAAGGUGGUUGACAGAAAACAUGAAAGGCACAAACGUUAUCGACAUGAAGCUGACUAUUCAGAUGGGGAUAAAAUUUUACGGGAACUUGCCAAGCACAACCCAAACUACAGAGAAAGUCCGGAUUCUAUGUCACUCAGCAGUGGUGACUUUGACUUCUGUGUGGAUGAUGAACUACUUCUUGGUGAUGUCGACCUAGACAGUGUCCUUGGCCAGCUGCUUGUCUUGUGGUCUUACAAGACACCAGAUACUUCGGCCAUAUUUACCCCUGUAAUGGGAGACACACUCACUUCAAUCAUUCACUUUGCCAAAUCUGGCCUUGAUUUCAAUCACAAACUGGAGAAAAUGACCGUCCUGCAGCCGGGACAGAAGAUUCCUGUCGACAUCUCACAGUUUUAUGUCAUCAAGCCUGGUUCAGCUGUGUUAAUUCUACCACUCCAUAAACAGAGGGUAAACAUCGAGAUUAAACAGCUGAAUCUCAAGUUUGAAAUGGACAUUGAUCUUUCCAUGACAGUGAUGCAGCUAAAAUCUGAGCUCCAGGAGCAAAGAGGUCUUUCACCAGAGAGAAUGGAUUUGCUCUACAAAGACAAACCCAUGCAAAAUGACAAGUUUUUGUUUGAAUACAGAAUUAACCCAAGAGGCACACUUUUUGUUAUGCUGCACAUUCUGUACGAUACCCUCGUGCAUAUUGAAACAUUCUGGGGCAGCACGUACCAUCUGUACAUCGACCCCUGCAUGACGGGCAUGAACAUCAUCUGGACCGUGUUGCGGAGGACCGUUACGAGAAAUACAUCCGACAUAAUGUCAUUGUUUGAUCUGUACCUGCCAAAACACACACUGGUGCUGUACCACGGUGGCACAGUCAUCAACUGGAGCACAUGCAUGGGUUUCUACAGCAUUGAGGAUGGCGAUGUUCUACAGCUCUCAACCAUUGGUCUGUUCCACAAGCUACAGCUGCAGAAAAUCCCAAUUGUGGAAACGAAGGACAAGGUACAUAUGAUAAAGGUUUCCCAGUUCGACAGAUGGUCAACUGUUGCUCUCAAACUGCAUGGACUGACCGGCAUAGCUGUCAACAUUAUCAAACUGUACUCCGGUGACUUGGCAGUGGAUUUCUCUGAAACUAUCGGCCACUAUGGUUCAAAGUCGCCCACUGUUGUUAUGGAUGUAUCCCUAGCCAAAAAGGACCCUGAUGUAAUGUUUGGAAUUCCAUUAACAUUUCGUCUGGGCAAUGGAAUCACUGAGAUCCUCAAAGUCAGCCCGAACCGGAAAGUUAAAGUCGUGAAAGAAAUGUUGGAACAGAUUGGAGUGCCAAAUGCAACGGUCCACGACAUGUUUGUAGGAGAGUACAGACUCUCCAGCAGUAACAAGUUGGUUGAGUAUGUGGAAGAUUUCGAAACCAAGGUGGACUUGAAGCUCAGGCAGUAUCCAGUGUUUGUGCACUCGACACAGAAUGUCAUAUACAAGAUGCACGUGUAUGCUCAAGAAAGCAUUGGGGCAUUCAAGAAGAGGAUUGAGAUGAAAACAGGUCUGUCGAUGAAGAACUACAUGCUGAUGAUAGCGGGUGAAGAUUUUGAUCAAGAUGACCAGAUGAAUGUGUUUGAUUCUCAGCUCGGAAUCAGGUCAUCCAUAUUCAUGAGACCAAAACUCAGCUAUAAUGUUACAUUUAUCAUCUUCGACAAAAUGAUGGUCAAACUGCGGAUACCACUGAAACCAAACAUGUCAGAAUUAAAGAAGAUACUCUGGAAGGACAAGGAACUUCCAUCCGGUUCCCUUGCUUCAGUGGCCACCUUUCUGCAAUGGUUCUAUGGCAAGAAGAAACCGCGACUGGGACCGUCACAACGAGGGAAGGUGUUAAAACCAGGUGCAGAGGGUCUCGAUGUCGCUUACGGCAAAAGGAAAAGAAAGAAGAAGAAAUAUGGCAAGAAUUCGCUUCUCUACAAACCGUCAUCUCUGGCCGAGGAUGAGGCUCUGCUUCGACUGAUUGAUGAGAUAUACACAGGGCGUGGAAGACAAAAGAAGCGGUCACAUUCAUAUCCUCCGCAUUACUUUCCAUCACUUGACGACUUCCAGCAGAGGCAGAAGGAUCCCCGGUUAAAGCGAAGAUACAGGUCGGCUGAUGAUUACGAGAGACACAGGAAACACCGUUCAAAGCAUGGACACAGUCAUCACAAACCACAGUGGUACCAGAACCAGCAGGCUGUGAAUCAAACCACACCGGACGAGAUUCUUCGGAUCUCCACUUACAUUGAAGCUGACAAUGUUCAGCUUGAACAAGACUUGGGUUGGCCAUGAAAGUGAAUGUGUAUAUAAUUAUUGUUAUCACUUCAGUGCCAAACAUUUGAAAAAGAUGUCUUUCGGGAAUCAUUAUCUAGUUACCAAUGUUGUAGAUGUCAAUCAUGUUCACACACCAAAUUAGUUCUACUCAACUGGUGGUGUGAGCUUUAAAUGUCUUUGUAAAUUAAAGUAGUUCACUGACUUUUAAGAAGCAAAUAUAUUUAUUGGCAAAACCCACAUUAACAAUUUCAGUGGAAUUAUUUUCCAUAUUAGGAGACAAUAGUGAUCGAUUAUGUUUUAUUUAGUGGCUAGUAGAUCAGUUUGAGGCCAGUUUGGCCUCAUCAUUUUCCAUGAUCUUAAUUCAUUUUUAUCACAAAAUAACAUUGAUUUCAAUUCUUAGUACAGGCAUGUUUUAAUGUUAAUUAGUUGUAGCUUUGUGAUAUGUUGUCUGUAAUGAACACCUGUUAUUCAAUUAAAACCUCAUAAGGUGCUUAUAUUUACGCUGUUAACACUUGAUACUCUUACAAUUACUACUUAAGACGGUUUGAAUUUUACCAGGGCGCCCAAUGUAAGUGCCUAAAAACCCCAGACAUUGUACAUGUAGAUUUUUUUGGAGUGAUGGGAUUUAGACUAUGAAGGUAGCCCACCCAUAACGUUCAGCCAGUGAGAACACUGCCAAAUCACAAAUUAAAUUAUAAUCUGAAUAUAAAAAAAAGUGGGGGUUUUUAAUGUGGGUAGGUUACGGGUGGGGUAGGUAUCCAGAAAAUACCAUAAGCCAGAGCUGAAUGCCAAAAUUUAUAAAAAGUCAGUUACCUUGGUACCCUUCUUUCAAAGGAAAUACUUGCCUUGGGCUCAUCAUUUUGUUAUUAAACCAAAGGCAACAUAUGCCAUGCCACAAAAUGUUUCAAUUUGACCCCUGCUAUUUUGAUAUAAUUAAACCCCAUAUGUAAUUAAACCAAAACUGAUAGCGAAGCAAAGUAAUAAAGUUGUUUAUAUUGAUAACAUUAAUGCAAAUUUUAAUGCUGCUUUUCCAAUGAACCAGCAACAGAAUCAGUAUUUUAUUAAUCUAUAGCCAUACUAUAUUUAACUAGGAGUAAACAGUCUUAGAUAUGAACAAACAUAAUUUUAUUUUAGUAUGUCAUAAUGUCUAGAAUCUACCAAUUGAUAUAUUAAAUACCAACUCUUAGGCCUCUGGCAUGCCAAGCUAAAGACAAUAAAAUAUACACUUUUUAUUUAUUUAUUUUUCACAAACCCAAACCCAAAACUGUCUGUUUACAUGUAAAUUGUAAUGUCCAAUCUUAGAAGUGUUAAUUCCAUAUAUUGAAAUAUGAAUAUUUAUUUAUUUUACAAUGUGA